AUGGAGGCGGGUAUGUUUCAAGGUCAUGCAAUGGAGUGUAAUCGAUCCAGCCGAAAGUUGCCAAUGAAGGACUCUGAAGGUUCCCCUACAGAAACACUGGGAUAUGUGAAAACAGAGGAGUGGGGUUCGAACCCACGCCCUUUCGGACCGCGACCUGAACGCGGCGCCUUAGACCACUCGGCCAUCCUGCCUACCCCACCACCCCUUAUCACUACGUCUACAACAGAAGGCACGACAAUUUACCACGCAUAG